GCCAAGAGCCGCGUGCAGGACGUCGGUUCUGAGUACCUGCUGCGAGCAUUGCACCUGUUUGGACCCACGGUGAUCGUGUCCAUCGGUCGGUACUGUGAAGACCGCGUAAAGGUGCUGGUUCGGCAGAAUCUUCUGGACCAAACUAGGGUCAAGCUGCUUUGCAUGCCCCACCCGAGUCCGCGCAGUCUGAACAACACAAACUGGGCGGAGAAGGCCCGCCAGUGGCUGGUGGAUAACGGAGUCAUGCCGUAUCUGAUGCCUUAACGAAUCGGUUGAACAGAAUUUUCAAAUUGGCAAUAGCAGAGAGAGUACAAAUUUUGUUUGUGUGCAAUAGUAUGUGUGUGUGAUCGACAUCGAAAUGGAUCAAUUCAUGGAGCAAGCCCUGGAACAGGCACGCAAAGCGGAACAGCUGAAAGAGGUCCCAGUGGGGUGUGUAUUCGUCUAUCAUGGCGAAAUCAUUGCCAACGGUUGCAAUCUGGUGAAUGAAACGAAAAAUGCCACCCGCCACGUAGAGUUCAUCUGCAUCGAUCAGGUACUGGAGUAUUGUAAAACCCGGUCCCUAAAACAUGAGGACGUCUUCCGGGAAGUGACCGUGGUGGUAACGGUGGAGCCGUGUAUCAUGUGUGCUGCUGCACUAAUCCAGCUAAACGUGAGCGAAGUCAUCUACGGAUGUAAAAAUGAUCGAUUCGGAGGCUGUACUGUACUGGAUGUUCCGGGGCUACUCCAAACUAACAUUCCCAUACGAGGAGGGGUCAGGGCAGAGGAAGCAAUGGAACUACUCAAGGAAUUCUACAAAGGCGAGAACCCCUCAGCGCCCGUUCCCAAGGUGAAAAGUCAGAGGUAAAUUUUAACUUUCUUACUUUAUUCGAUCAAUAUUCAAAACAAAUCGUAGAAAUACUUUCAAUAAAACAGAGAGAUUACCUCAAUAAUCAAUAA